AAUCAGUGAGGAGCAAGAUAAUAACGCGAGUUGCUAACAUGUCGUCUGGAUGUCCGUAGAUCGCUAGUGCCGCAUGGGUGGACUAAACUGGGAAUAACAAGCUUCGAAAGUGAGGAAAAAUCGUCGAAACAGUCCUAGCCGGAUCUUUGACAUGAAAUGACACUUUUGGUCGACCGCUUGACACUUUUUGGCACAUUGGAGCGCCUCUGAUGUCCGCCGGUCGUCGCCGCUGUUCAUCGGGAAGAAACACUGAGCAUUCAUCCCAACAAGCUCGCAGUAAGGUUCUUCCAGGUUGUACCACUGAGAUGGCGCGUGCCGAGACUAUGGAGGGCGUCUGUGCAGCUGCAGCAGGGGGUGCGAGCGGCCCUCUCCCCCCAUACCACCACAGCUCCUUCACUGCCUGGCCCAACACGCAGCACCCUCACAUACCGCCACUGCCUGCCAGCCUGCCGCGCCACCUGCUGCCUGGCCCCACGCCCCAGACUCCAUCGCCACCGCUCAGCACGGCGCAGUCGGACGAACGGCGGCAUCAGGUGGCGCUCCACAGACGCAGACCCCUACCGGACCUGCUGCCUCAGGACGAGCACGAGUCGGCGGAUCCGCUCCCGGCGACGUGGCUGGACGCUACCGCCGUGGGGGAGCAGCUGAGGACCAUCGGAGACGACUUUAACGCCUCAGUGCUGCAAGCGUAUUUACACUACUUUCUUAACCCCGCCCCCCUGCACUGGAUCGCGUGAGGACUUUGCAGCAGACGCUUUCCUCCCUCCCCAAAUUCACACACACACACACACACACACACACACACACACACGACGUCAUCUUUGUUCAUGUGCCUUGGAUUGUCUGAAGCUCACAUGCAUGUCUUGGCCCCACCCUCUCUACACUUAGCAAACCUGUCCGUCUGCUUGCAAACACACACACACACACACACACACACACACACACGGUACACUGACACACAUUGGACAUCACAUUUUUUUCUCCUCCUUCAGCAACAGCCUACUGACUGUGACAAUGUGUCCUCAGCACGCCGCCCCCCACUGGCAGUACUGGAGAGACUUCCUCCGAGGCUUCCUCAACCUGGUCCGCGCACUCGACAGGCUGGCAUAGCUCGCCGGUUGCCCAGUCGGGAGCACAUCACCAAUCUCCACUCGGCGUCUCUUUUCUGCUGGUUCAGACUGCAGCCGACGCGCGCCGCCUGUGGAUUUUUAUUUUUUUUUUGUCAACUGUGAAAGUGGACCCUUUUUGUUUGCGGUCCUUUUUCACCUGUGCGACUUGCAAAAAUGGUCCAAACUGGACGCUGGCGCUAACAGCUAGCCCGUUAUGUUCAUCUCAACAGGAGCACACCAACAGGAGGUGUCUUUGUUCAGCGGAGGAGCUGAAAGAAAUGUCCUUCCGCAUGAAAUUGUUUCAUUUCGUUGUACAACACGUGCCUUUGUGCUACAAACAGACACACACACACAUGUUUCCUGGAGUGUAAAUAUUCCUUUUCAAUCUGACAAAAUUGGCUUGUGGAAUAUUCAUCAACGUGUUUGGAGAUGAGAAAGAAAAAUAAAUCCAGUGGAUUUUUUUGGCGUGGUAUUGACUGAGGUGAAGCAACAAAACAUUGAACGUUGAUUUGAUUUCAUUCUCAACAAGUAUUUCAUGAUGUUCUCACAACAACGUCAAGUCAGUUAAGUGCGAUUGUUUUGUAGUUUGGAGCAAAAAGUUAAUUUAUUUUGGACGGUAGCGUAUUUGUAGCUUUUUUGUUUUGUUUUGUAUGUUUAAUUUAUUUGUUGUUGACAUUCCCGCUGUGCACGAUGGGCUGACGUGAGCCUCGCUGAUGCUUCAAUGAGCUGAAAAAUGGAUCUGCAUGUUUAAACACAAGACGAUUAGAUUCUAAAAUAAUCAUUCAUCAGGUCCGGGAAACUGCUGCAGGAUUUGGCACUCAAAACAAAAGCUUGAUGUUUGUCGGGUUCAAGUGCACUUUUACCUUGCUUUUCUGCUGACUUCCUUUUGUCCUUGUUUUUCAGCAGCAUGUUUACCGCGUCGUCUUGUUUUUCAAUGUUUGUGCAUCUGGGACUGACAUGACCACUUUGUGCGUUUUGCUGUUAGGUCACGCUAACGUGACGCAGACGCAGUGUUGUCACUUCCUGCUUGGUCUUCUUGCUAUCAUGCAGUUGUUGCUUUUUUUACUGUUGUAAAGUUUCUACUGGAAUUUUGUACUUUGUUCUUUUAUACAAUAAACUGAAUGAACUAAA